AAUACUAUCUGUUCCGAAAACAUCGGACACCAACUUUGUAGGUGAGUAGGACAUGAAUCCACUAUGAGGAAGAGGCAGUAUUGGUUAAUCCAUGCGGUGCCGAAGCGAGGAAAAGAGCGAUAACAAUUCUGCAACUCAUCGAGUUGAUUUUAGUAAAGUUUACCGUGCUUUUAUUUUCAAAAGUGAAUAAUUAGUUUCAAAAAUGCCUGCAGGAGGUGCUUUAUUCGGUAGUGCAGCUACGCGGAAUGCGAGUAAAAAUUUGGUCGAAUUUCGGGCUGGUAAAAUGACAAUGAAAGGUAAUAUGGUUCGUCCUGAUAAAAGGAAAGGACUUGUGUACAUUUAUCAGUCGGAUGAUUCAUUGAUGCAUUUUUGCUGGAAAGACAGACAAAGCGGAUCUCUAGAAGAUGAUCUCAUUAUAUUCCCGGAUGAUUGUGAAUUCAAACGUGUUACGCAGUGCACCACAGGUCGUGUUUAUCAUUUGAAGUUUAAAUCCACAACGAAGAAGUUCUUCUUUUGGCUGCAGGAACCAAAAACAGAUAAAGAUGAUGAAUAUUGCAGACGUGUCAAUGAAGUCCUGAACAAUCCACCUACACCUGGGAUGUCCCGUGGCGGUGCCAGCAACCCAGAGGAUCUGCAAAACAUGUUGACUAACAUGUCUCAACAACAGCUUAUGCAAUUAUUUGGAGGUGUGAGACAGGUUGGAGGUCUCUCCAGUCUUUUAGGAACCAUGAGCCCCUCCAGUUCUGUGAGUCCCAGAGCAACAUCUGGAACUUCUUCAACCAGUAGUAGCACUGCCACACCUAGCACACCGAAACCGUCAACAGCCAAAUCUUCAUCUAAACCUGCUACCACUACAGCCUCUGCUCCAGCCGCUGCUGCGACAGCAGGAGGCUCAUCUUCUUACACACCUUCCGCAAUCCAAUUGCAAGACCUGCAGUCUUUACUAUCUGAUAUUCAAGCACAUAAAGGCCCUAAAUCCUCAGGAGAAACUGCAAAUCGGCCAAAUGUUGAUUUAUCCUCUGCCUUGAAUGCUGAAGGCUUGCAAGCAGUUCUGAGUAACCCUGGUAUCGUUCAAAACUUGCAGCAGCAUUUACCUUCCCUAUCAUCUACUACUACCUCCAACUCUCAGCAAGACCAAUUACGCAAUACCUUAGCUUCUCCGCAAUUUCAACAGGCUGUGAGCAUGUUCAGCACUGCACUGCAGUCGGGACAGCUAGGUCCUGUUGUGGAACAGUUCUCUGUUGGUCAAGAUGCUGUGUCGGCAGCAAAUGAAGGCAACAUGGAAGAGUUUGUAAAAGCUCUAGAAAAAGCCACAAUCAGUAGCGAUGAUGAUUCAACCCCGGAGCAGCCAGACAAAAAAAAAAAGAAGGAAAGUAAAAGCGAUGAAGAUAUGCCCAUGGAUUAAUUAAUAAUUUAUCUAAUUAAGAAUGUUGAAUAUCAAGUAUGAACGUUAUGGAUGAUUUUUCCCUGUUCCAGCUGCUUGGAAGAUAGCACAUCUUGUUAUUUUCAUAAUCCCAAUUUUUUUUUGGUAGCUUUUAACUUUAUAUUUCAUUAAAAUUUACAAAGUGGUUUUUUUAAAUUAAUUUUAUUAAUUGCUCUUUCCUUGAAUCUUAAAUAAAGUAUAUUUGUUAAUUUGUAA